AUGUCAUUUACUUUUGCAGCCGCGCCGGCGGCAUCAAAUCAAGCAGGAGCGCAAAACAACCCUAAACCCAACAUGCUCGGUUUUUCUUCCAUCCCUGCAGCCUCUACAACACCGAUGGCGAACACUGGAUUCGGCACAUUCAACACUGGGUUCAUGAAGCCGGGUGGCACCUUUACGUCAGGCACAGGCAUUAGCAACACUGCCACUGGUGUGGGGAAUUCAGCUGGUGGGUUUCCCAGCACUACCGGAUUCAGCUCUAUCACGACUGGGUUUAACUCCAGUACAUUGAAUACUAACUUGACUCCUCAGCUGCCUCCGUACAAAGGCAUCAAGGGCCCAGGAUAUGCGAAGACGUGGCAAAACACAGUCGAUUUCUCCCAGAUUAACGACUACACGCUUUUCGACUCGCUUCCUCCCACCCUGCAGCAGCAUCUUAUGGAAUUGUAUGCCUUUUCCAGCAAAGAAGAGGAGUCUGUAAGGGCAGUGACAGACUACCUAAAUGAUAUCAAGCCUAUACACACUGGAAAGGGCACCGCCAACUCCAAGAUGGAUACAAAUUCGGGAAGCUAUCGACAUCAAUCCCGCCAAUUAGCGGAACUGAAAGGUGGUAGUCACGCCGUCCCAAUAGUCGCAGUCAGCUGCGAGAACCACGAGAAGGAGGCGCAGUCUUUUUCGCAGCACUUAGAUCAAUUUGAGAGUAUCAUCCGAGAAUACCAACAUCGAGUGUGGGAACCCUUGUUGGCGAGCGGCAACCUCACACGCGCCAAGAACAACAACAGCACUAAUAAUAGCCUAGGCAGCAUGAAUUCUUUUGACCACAAUGUGAAUGCAAAAUCUCCGCUUCUUUCGAUCGUCGAGGAACUGCAGGGCAUCAUGAGAACGCUGAGUGGCCAAAUAGAAGAGCUCAAGAUGAAUGUUAUGCCGUCUUUAACCCCUAAUCACUUAGUCAACGCUGCUGACUCUGCAAAACAAGACAGAAGUUUGUGUAACUACGCAUCAAAUGUAUAUUUAUCACAUGUGGAUGGUAGGACUCCUCUUUAUCGCAACACCUCACUUAACAAUUACUCUAAUCGAUGUGACCGUUUGCAGUUUUGCCCUUCAACGUUCUCGCCGCUUGGCACGACUGUUACUACCGGCUUUUCGGGGUCUGCAUUAGAGGGAGACCCCACCCAAUCGUCUGAAGUCAUUCCUCAGAUCAACGCCUCCUUGAUGAGUCUGUUCACCAGCCUCAUGAACCUCUCCAGUUGGGCUGGUCAUCUUCAUAAACGCACCGACACCGCCCGCGGCAUCUUCACCCGUCAGUAUGGCCAGUACGAGGCGGAUGUGCUCUUCAAGCCGCCGAUUCGCUCUCAGGAAACCCCCACCCUCGUGCCCGGCCUCUCCGCUCCGGUCCUCCCCGCCGCGAAUCCCGUUGCCGCCGCCGCUCCUACCACGCAGAUGGCGAACUUUAGUGUUAUGAACACCGCUACAAAUACGCUGCAGACGGCGCCCGCCGCAACGCCUGUGGGUGGCUUUGGCAGUUUCGGGCAGGGAUUGGUCGGAUCAUUUGGGGGGUGGAAGACCAAUCCCGUCCGUUAG